AGACUACAAACAGAGGCACAACUAUGUGGCCCAAAUGAUUUCGGAAGUCCCACAGGAUCUUUGCGUGCUCAUUUUCCACAACCUUUGCAGGUUUGUGAUCCCACCAGUUCUUUGCUGCUGGGAGGUGGUACUUGAGGCAAAAGUUCCCAUGAAUAAUUUGGGCCACAUAGUUGUGCCUCUGUUUGUAGUCUGUCUGUGCGAUUUUCUUACAGCAGCUGAGGAUAUGAUCCAUGGUUUCGUCAGCUUCCUUGCACAGUCUGCAUUUUGGGUCAUUAGCUGAUUUUUCAAUCUUGGCCUGUAUUGGCUUUGUCCUGAUGGCUUGCUCCUGGGCUUAUUAUUAUUAUUAUUGGAUAAGUGAGACACUACUGUAUUAUGUCACGAUUAUUAUUGUUGUUAUUAUUAUUAUUAUUAUUAUUAUUAUUAUUAUUUUUGCAUACUUGCGUGACAAACAAAGAGUUGGAUGUCCUCCUGCGAUAGCAACCACCAAGUUUUACAAGCAAAAGGUUGACAGAUUGAUUCAGAUUGAUACAAAUUAUAGUGAAUUCUCCCCAAACCUCUCUCCAGUAUGUUCAGUUUUGCUGUGUAACACAGGAAAGGGCAGGAAAGGAUUAAGGGAGAGGCAGUGGGCGGAGUUAUGCAAAUGGAGAGAGAAAGAAAACACUGGGAUGUGCUCGCCAUAACCUGGGAGGGAAUGACUUGGUGGCUCCUCAGCACUGGGAACUAUUGUGUGUUUGUGAGCAGACACCUGUGCCACAUACACACAUACACAAUUUUAUGAUGUGUAUAGAGCAAGAUAGAAGAUUACCCACCUCUCAUUGCAGUUCAAAGUGGAAUAAUAAUGAUAAUUAUCAUUUUAUUGUUGUAUGUUUUUGGGCUUGGUCCCCAUGUAAGCCGCUCCAAGUCCCCAUUGGGGAGAUGGGGCGGGGUAUAAAAAUAAAAUUAUUAUUAUUAUUAUUAUUAUUAUUGUAAUUAUUAUUGUAAUUAUAAUAAUUUUGUUUCUUGAUAAUCGUAAUACUGCCAAUCAUUGCAAUGGCAGCAAUUGUGUCCAUUCCCCAAACGACCCAGAAGCCUGGCCCAUGGGAUCCAUGGCCUGCUGAUUCCUCCUUUGCUAAAACAUGCAAGGAAUCGGCUGAAAUAAUAAUAAUAAGAGAGACCCGAGAAAACGAAGGCGUGUGGUUAAUUAAUUAAAAACUUGGGUGGCCUUCUGGGUGGCGCAUCGGGGAGCACCCAUGCGCAUCUCCGUCUGCAGAAGCAAAGAGGAAGAACACAAAGCGGAGAGAGAGAGAGCAAACACAACUCUAGAACCCAUCAGGCAGCUCCCUUGCCUUUCAAGACUGCAAGGCUCCGAAGAAUGGAAGGAAAGGUUGCUCACCUGUUGCUUCUCUUUGGCCUUUUCCCAGGCAGUCUUGACGGCCAAUGGGCCACUGACGCAUACGAAGUCAUCCCAUCAAUGGAGCAGGUGAAGUGGCCCUCCGGUGGGGUGAAGUGGCCCUCCAAUGCUUCAGAGGCCGCCGUCAUCAAUGCCACACUUCCGGCCAAUCCGGUGGCGCAGGGCCUCUCCCAGAACACCGUCUCUGUGGGGCCCGUCCCGGCCUCCCGCGUCGUGCCGGAGGGCCACUCCACCUUCCUGGAGUGCCGCUUUGAGCCGCCCGAAGCCAACGUCACCUGGGUGCGCUCCUGCUCCCCCAACUGCAGCCGAAGUUCUGUCGCGGCUGACGGCGCUUGGAACCGAGAAGUGUCCGUGGACCGUGGAGCGGGGCUGUCGCGGCUGUCCUUCCGCCCGGCGCGCCGGAACGACUCCGGGAUGUACUACUGCUUCGUGGAAGCGCCACGUGGCCGGGGACACUCUUGCGGGACGUACCUCUGGGUCCGGAGGCUCCGUCCGGCCGCCUUCCUGAACAUGAGCGAAUCGGUCAAGAACAGGAUCAUCACGGCCGAAGCCUUUCUCCUCCUGGUCAGCGCCAUCGGGCCCGGGCUUUUCCUCCUUUUUAGGAAGAGAUGGGAAAACGAGCGCCUCUCACAAGCUAAGAAGACACCCUACGAAGAGGAGAACCUCUAUGAAGGGCUGAACCUGGACGACUGCUCCAUGUAUGAGGACAUCUCCCGGGGUCUCCAGGCCACCUACCAGGACAUCGGCAACGUCAAGGUGAUCGACCUCCAGCUGGAGAAACCCGAGAAACCCUGAAUUCUCUGGAUUCUGAUUCACUGGGAAAUCCUCUCUGCAGAGCAUAGGAUUUAUUUCCAUUUUUCAUGAGUGGAUGCAUGCAUAUGCGGACACUGUUUUGGGAGGAAAAAGACCUCCAUUUCUGCAAAGAAGUCCAGCCGACACCAUACAACGCAAUGCAGCAAAAAGCGCUUGCUUGGCAUUCUGGUCUCUGCCGAAAUAUUCCGAAUGGGACUGACUCUCUUCUUUCUGUAUUGACACCUUCCUGGAGAUAGAUAAACCGGCCCCAAGUUGCAAGCGUCCAACUUGCAAAAACUCACAGUUAAGAACAAUGGGGCUGGACUGGAUGGCCUUUGGGGAUCCCUUCCAAAUCUAUCUCAUAUAUAUAUAAAUAUAUAUACCAUAUAUACUCGAGUAUAGGUCGACCCGAAUAUAAGCCGAGGCACCUAAUUUUACCAUAUACAUCCGACUUGUAAACAACUCACAGUUAAGAAUGAGUUCUUUUUCAAACACCCUGUAUUAUAAUAUAUACCAUAUCUAUUGUGUGAACCCACAGACGGGGUCCCUGCCUUGCAAUGUCUCUCUCCCUCUCUCUCUCUCUCUCUCUCUCUCUCUCUCUCUCUCUCUCUAUAUAUAUAUAUAUAUAUAUAUAUAUAUAUAUAUAUAUAUCUCUGUGUCCAAUAAAAGUGAAAAUAUC